AAAUGAGACAACCGGAAGUCCAGAGUGAAGCCUAGAAGCAGUUAGCCUGUUAGCCUGAGCAGUGUUGUUAUUCCAACGUUUCAUUCUUCCUAGUCGGUUUCCAGCAGAAGCACCAAUGUCCGAAAGAAAAGUGUUGAAUAAAUACUACCCACCGGAUUUUGAUCCAUCUAAAAUCCCCAAACUUAAACUCCCCAAAGAUCGUCAGUAUGUGGUCCGAUUGAUGGCUCCAUUCAAUAUGAGGUGUAAAACAUGUGGCGAGUACAUCUACAAGGGGAAGAAGUUCAAUGCACGUAAGGAGACUGUUCAGAAUGAGCUGUACAUGGGACUGCCCAUCUUCCGUUUCUACAUCAAAUGUACUCGGUGUCUUGCUGAGAUCACAUUUAAGACUGACCCAGAGAACACAGACUACGCGAUGGAGCACGGUGCGACACGAAACUUCCAGGCAGAGAAGCUGAUUGAGGAGGAGGAGAAGAGAAUCCAACAGGACAGGGAGGAAGAGGAGCUGAACAACCCCAUGAAGGUGUUGGAGAACCGCACAAAGGAUUCCAAGAUGGAGAUGGAGGUUCUGGAGAACCUCCAGGAGCUGAAGGAGCUGAACCAGAGGCAGGCUCAGGUGGACUUUGAGGGAAUGAUUGACCGGUACAGAGAGCUGGAGAAGAGAGAGAAGGAAAGGGAGAAAGAAGAGGAUGAGCGAGAGACAAAAGAGAUGUUGGAUCGUGCUCUUGUGAAAAGACUCAGAGACUCUGACUCUGACUCGGAGAAGGAGGAGGAGAGCAGCAGCUCGCAGUCAAAGAAAUCCAGCACAGACAAACCAACAGACAUCCUCACCAUUGACAAACCCACAGAGGCACAGGGAACCUCAACUGGAGGAGUGAAGAGGGCCAAAGUGGAGAGCUGGGAGAGGAGUGUGGGGACGCUGGGCGGUCGAGGGGCACUGGGGUCCCUCAUUGUGCGAAAGAAACCAGCCGCGACGUUCAUCAAACCGAGGCCAGUGGCGGCCGUUGCUGCUCCCAAAUCACAAGCAGAUUCAACAGCGUCUACGGCUGACUCCAAGAAUGCUACUAAACCUGUUACCACGCAAAAUGGGUCAUCAUCUCUGAGCCUGCUGGGGGCGUAUUCAGACAGUGACAGCAAUGACAGCGAAUGAAAGGAAGAUGCUUGGCAUGGAUUUUAAUUUGAGCGACUGACACACAAUUGUAUAAAUGAAUGCAGAAAGGAAUUUAAUGAUAUGGACUGUUUUGUAAUGCUGCACAGAAAUCAAAAUCUUCUGUAAACCAGUUUGUUGGUCUCUUCUGUGAAAACCUUUUCAUAAAGACUGAUAUUAAGUCCUGGUUGGCAGUCAUUAGCAGGAAUUGUAUGGUCUGUUGUCUCAGUGAAACAAUAUUUGUGGAGCUGUUCCUGAGAAUUUAACCUAGAAAAAAAUGGUAAUGUUUGAGUUUUUGUGAGGCAAAUUAAAUAUUGGGUGUAUAUUUUAGUGUUUAUUAAAAUCUGUUUUAACUUUAA